AUGGCAAAGUUCUUCCAAACUAUUUUGUUAAUCGGUGUAGUUGCAGUUGCAUUAUGUCAUGCAACCCCAGCUAAAUUGGAUAAAAUUCGAUCAACGAGGAAUAGAUUUUUUGCACGUCAAGAAGUUGCUGAGGAUAUUCCAACUCAAACACCAUAUCCACCAGCUGGAAUUCGGCCAGAAAUUGCAUUCGAUCUUCCAACUGAAGGAAAACUUGUUGCACCAGCCAAUCACUAUCUACCACCUCUAACUGAUCCAGCAAUGUUUUAUUCAGCCCCAGCUGAUGUUUAUGGACCACCUGCUGAGACUUAUGGACCACCUGAAGUAAAUGGUAAAGAUGAAAGUGGAAAGAAUGUGAAAGAAAUUUCAGAAGAAGAAGACGUAGAAACACAAACAGAAGCAGCGACAACUGAAGAAGUUGCAACCGAUGAAGAACCUAUUGAAGAUUCUCCUCAAGUCGAAGAAGAUAAUUUUAUUCCUGAACGAUUGAUACUGGCUAAAAGUACAAAUACCAUUAAAGCAGCUAAAUUGAAACAAUUCGCUCCUGUAAAUAGAAAAGCUAUUCCAGAUCAACAAUUCUAUUUGAUCAAUGGAUCCUUGUACACUUUAGCUUAG